UAAUAAAUUCUGCAGAAAAAUGCAAAAAUCUGCACGACAACAUACACAUUUGUUUAAAUAAAAUGCAUGGUAACAUUUGGAAGAGUCAAUUAUCUUUGUGCUGUGCGUCAUGCGCACUCUGUCGGCUCGUUUUGGGUAUGUUUGGUCAGUUUGUGGCAGCGCUGUGUGUGGGAGAAGAGGGGAGGCAGGAGACAACUGCUACCACCCUCACUUCUCCUCUGAGCCCUCAUGUGUGUGGAGGGAGAGGGACUGCACUGUGACAGCUCGGCUGCGCAAUGGACUGAUGUGGACACAUGGACCGGCACUUUUUAUAAGAACCAUGCGGGCGUAGGGUUGUUUGAGCACUUGCGCGCAGUUAGACUCUUUAGCAUUAGUGAUAGAAAGCCUGCUAUGGAGCACGUCGUGAGUCAAAAUGAGUUUGAGAAUUGACGAUGUAACAAAGUUGUUAAAAAAUGGUUCCUCGGACUUCGAGUGGGAGUCUGUGCAGGUCAACUCCACCAACAGUUCCGGGAGAAACCACACCGGGCCCGGCGAGCUGGACCUCACCCGCGCCGCCCUGCUCGGCUUGGUGCUGGGGGCUUUCAUCUUGUUUGCCAUCGUGGGCAACAUCCUCGUCAUUCUGUCCGUGGUAUGCAACAGGCACCUGCGGACCCCUACCAACUACUUCAUCCUUAACCUGGCUAUGGCCGACCUGCUGCUGGGCACUACGGUGCUGCCGGUUUCCGCCACCCAGGAGAUCCUGGACUACUGGGUGUUCGGCCGGAUCUUCUGCGAUAUCUGGGCCGCACUGGACGUACUGUGCUGCACGGCGUCCAUCAUGAGCCUGUGCGUAAUAUCCAUCGACCGCUACAUCGGAGUGAGCCACCCGCUGCAGUACCCGGGUAUAGUGACGGAGAGGCGUGCUCUGCUGGCCAUGCUCGGGGUGUGGGUGCUGUCGGUGGUCAUCUCCAUUGGACCUCUGUUCGGCUGGAAACAGCCGCCGGCGCCGGACGACACGGUAUGCCUCAUCACAGAGGAGCCGUUUUACGCGCUCUUCUCCUCCCUCGGCUCCUUCUACAUCCCGCUUGCCGUCAUCCUGGCCAUGUACUGCCGCGUCUAUAUCGUAGCCAAGAGGACAACCAAGAACCUGAAGGCGGGCGUGAUGCGGGAGAGGAUGAAUACCAGCGAGCUCACCCUCAGGAUCCACAAGGGCUCUCAGGUACAUGACGACCCCGGCGCACCGGGCACCGGCAAAGGACGUGCAAACCAGGCCAGGAGUUCCCUCACUGUGAAGCUCCUGAAAUUUUCCCGGGAGAAGAAAGCAGCUAAAACUUUGGGAGUUGUGGUCGGAAUGUUCGUCCUAUGCUGGCUGCCUUUUUUCCUGGCCUUACCUAUAGGGUCUUUCAAUGUACACCUGCGGCCACCUGAGACCCUCUUCAAAGUCAUCUUCUGGCUCGGCUACUUCAACAGCUGCUUGAAUCCCAUUAUCUACCCCUGCUACAGCCGCGAGUUCAAGCUGGCCUUCAUCCGGAUUUUGAGGUGCCACUGGCACCACCAGAAACGCCCUGGCUGGAGAGCCUACAACUACCGCUCCUCCACCUUCAGCUCCUCUGGAAACUCACGGAAAAGUUCAGCAGAUCACACCUCCAGCUGGCUGAACGGGAGCCAGCACACCCUGCCCUCUUCUGCCAGCCCCAGCCCCAGCUACCUGAGUAAGGGUCUUCCCCCUUGCCCAGAGGGGGAAACAUUGUAUAUUUGGGGAGCCACCACUUCAGCCCCCUCCACACCCAGCCUCCUGCCUGGCAACCCCUCAAACUGCCAACAGGGAGGGCUGAGAGGGGACAGCAGAGAGGGGAAAACAGCUGAGGGGACUACCAGAGGUGUGUUUUCUUUCACCUUUGGGAACAUUAAAGACAAACAAGGGCUCAACAGGGACAUUAUUAUGCCUGAUGACAAGCUGUGACUCCUUUCAGCUUCUGAUUCAUUGCUUUUAGGGAGUACAGGCUUCACUGGUUUCACUGUACACGUUUUGUGAUGUGUCAUCAGUCAGUGGGAUGUCUUCAGUGUGAGGUGCAGAUCUGUUCAUUUACUCUUCAUUUCUGUGUUUGUAAUUGAUGAAUGGUUUCUCUCAGUGAACAGUGACUAAGAAACCUGUUUGCUGCCCUCUAUGGAUCAAAAAGAGACCUGCAUGUAUUUUUAGUUAUACUUCGGAGGAACAUGAAAAAAAAAACUAGUCACUCCAAGCAUUCAAAAGUUUUUGCUUAGACUGGUCAUUUUUCCUAUAAAAAGACAGAACCUGAUUUAUAAAAACAUCCAGCCUCUUGUAAAACAAACAGUGACAAGGCAUAGGAUGACCUUUCUGUUGCAGUUGUCUGAUAUUUUCAUGUUUUUUUGUGAAAAUAAAGUAUUAUCUGUAUUUUUCUGCUGUGCGCACAAUCUUCAGAUAUAUUGUGAGUGUUUGUAGAGAUGUGAUGGAACAAUAAAUAAAACAUAAAUAAAAUUUCAA